AUGGCCCCUCCCACUCCCUCAUCCCAUCGCCCUCGUAAGAAGAGGAAGAUCCCGAUCGCGCCCGGCUCGAACAACAAUCUGAUCGUGGAUUAUGGAGAUGGUACACAAUCCCCUGCCUUCCCGCUGGUCUCGUUUCUCUGGGCUGCUCGUGCGGGUGUUUCGCAAUGGCUUAUUCUACCUCUCAUCUUGAUGGCUGUUGGCCUCUUCCGAUGGGCUGUCGGUCUCUGGGGUUAUUCCGGGUUCAAUGUACCUCCUAUGCAUGGCGACUUCGAAGCCCAGAGACAUUGGAUGGAGCUCACCACGCACUUGCCAAUGGCAAAAUGGUACCUUUAUGACUUGCAGUACUGGGGUCUAGACUACCCACCAUUGACUGCAUAUCACAGCUGGCUGUUGGGCAAAAUCGGCACUGUGUUUGAUCCGGCGUGGUUCGCUUUGGACAAGUCGCGUGGCUUCGAGAGCCCGGAUUUGAAGGUCUUUAUGCGCGCCACGGUUGUAAUCUCCGAAUAUCUUGUCUACAUUCCAGCCGUCGUCAAUUUCCUUCGCCGUUACACCCGCAUGCAAGGUGUCCAUGCAUGGUCCGCCUCCAUUGCUCUCGUUGCGAUCCUCCUCCAACCCGCGACCAUCCUCGUCGACCAUGGCCAUUUCCAGUACAAUACUGUUAUGCUUGGUCUUAUGGUUGCCAGCCUGGAUGCCAUACUGGCCGGGCGGAUGCUCUGGGCUUGCAUCUUUUUUGUAGGGGCUUUGGGGUUCAAGCAAAUGGCUCUGUACUAUGCCCCUGUCAUGUUCGCGUACUUGCUGGGUGUUUGUAUAUUCCCACGAAUCCGAAUUCUUCGGCUCAUCAAUAUUUCUCUGAUUACGGUCGCUGCUUUCGCCCUCCUAUUUGCCCCUCUUCUGUUGGGUGCCACGAAUACCGAAGCCCGAGAAAUCAUCGCUACAUCACCGCAGCCUCCGCUUCUUCAGGGACUCCCCAUUUCGCUGGAGAGGAAUUCUGUGGCGUAUGCGUUGCUCUUCCAGAUGGCACAGACCAUUAACCGUGUGUUUCCAUUUGCCCGAGGUCUCUUUGAAGAUAAGGUCGCCAAUGCCUGGUGCGCCAUCCAUACUUUCUACAAGCUGAAUCGUUUCGAUGCUUCCUUGUUACAGCAAGCUUCGCUCGGUGCCACCUUGGCCUCGAUCGUCGUUCCCUGUGCUAUCAUUUUCCGCCAUCCUCGUGCCUCGCUCAUCCUUCCGGCGCUAUCAUGCGUCUCUUGGGGCUUCUUUCUCUUUUCUUUCCAGGUGCACGAGAAGAGCGUCCUCCUACCUCUCCUCCCUAUGACACUUUCCCUAGCGGGCGAUGGUGGACUAAGCAAGGAAAACCGUGCUUGGGUAGGCUGGGCUAAUAUUCUUGGUUCCUGGACUAUUUACCCCCUCCUCAAGCGUGAGGAGCUUCGAGUGCCCUAUAUUGUUAUGACCUUGCUCUGGGCUCGUGCUUCUCUGGAGGAUCCCAGCGCUCAGUUCGAACCUCAUCUACUGAGCAAAGUCUUGCACGUUGCAUUCUACACCGCUAUGGGUGGAUGGCAUGUUCUCGAGGCCUUCGUUCCUCCACCACCCGGCAAGCCCGAUCUGUGGGUGGUCCUGAACGCACUAAUCGGGGCCGCUGGGUUUGGACUGGCAUAUCUAUGGUGCAUGCAGAAGCUGAUCAUCCAAUGUCGUCAAAUCGAUCGGCUGGCAGCGGAGGAAGAGAGCCGUAAGAAGAAGCAGUGA